AUGGCUAGUGAGGAUAGUUUUCUAGUGCUUGUACAUCACAGAGGAUCGAUUAAGAGAAAAACUCGGUCUGGCAUGAAGUUUACUGAUAAGGAUCCUCUAUGUAUUAUUGUGAGGCCAACGACCAACUACGAUGCUCUCGUUAGCUCUGUGCUGGAGAAGCUUGGUCUGGAAGGAGUGAAAAGGGUUAAAAAGUUUUACUAUCGCAUCCCAACCACGGUGCUCCAUGAUACGGUGAACUCGGGUGGUUCGAACCGGAAUCCCAACACUAUAGUCACGGUGGCCGGCUCGAGCUCGAGACCUGCGGUUGCUUCAUCCUCCGUUCCUGUGAAUGAGCCAGCGAUACAGCCUGUCGCCUCCCCAUCGUUUGCUGUUGAUCUCAACGGCAACGUUGCAGACGAGGUUCGGUAUGGGGAACAUCAUCCGACCGAAUUACGGUGUCCUACACCGGCUGGUGUUGGAGAGGGAUUGUUUGAUGAUCCAGAUGACGAUGAUGUCGAGCCGGAUAUGAUCGCUGAUGACAGCGGCGAUGAUCUUGGAGCUAGUGAUCCGAGAAGGGCUACAGGUGGAUCUAGUUCUGGCACACAGCAGUACCCACCCUAUUUUUCAUCGUUGGACCUGGAUGCCAUGAGGCAUGACGAAAAUCCUGGGCAGCCUGCUGGAUUUGGCGCUAGAGAUACGAAAGGGUCUUCCGGUAUGACAGAGUUCCAGUGUUCCGAGUUUGGGAAUGGGUGUACAUGGUUGAUUCGAUUGAGUCUCCGGCAGCGCAAGGGCAUCUGGGAAGUCAAGCGGUACAAUAGACCGCAUACCUGUCUCGCCACCUCCAUCUCCAGCGACCAUAGGAGUCUGGACUACCAUGUGAUAGCGACAUUCAUUAUGCCAAUGGUUAGGGCUGAUGCAUCCGUCAACAUCAAGGUGCUUCUAAAUGCCACGGCCGCACACUUUGGGUUCAGGCCUACAUAUAGGAGGGUAUGGAUGGCGAAGCAGAAGGCCGUUGCCAUCAUCUAUGGGGACUGGGAUGAGUCAUACAACGAGCUUCCUCAGUGGGUGUUAGGAGUUCAGUUGACGAUGCCUGGUACUAUAGCAGUCCUCAGGACUUGCCCUGUUCGAGUUGGGGGACAGCUGGACGAGUCUCAGGCUUACUUUCAUAGGCUGUUCUGGACUUUCCCCCUUGACGGGAAUUCCAACAUACUCCCUGUGGCAUUUGCACUUGUUGAGGGUGAGAAUGCUGAGUCAUGGUCUUUCUUUCUCUCCCACCUCCGUCAGCACGUGACACAUCAGCCGGGUCUGUUAGUUAUCUCAGAUAGGCAUAACGGCAUCAAGGCAGCGCUCGAGGCUCCCGAUGGGGGAUGGCUACCUCCGGCUGCAUAUCGGGCAUUCUGCAUUCGACACGUAGCAGCGAAUUUCGCCCUCACCUUCAAGGGCAAAGAUGCCCGGAGGCUUCUUGUGAACGCCGCAUAA